AGCCAUGGAGACAACUGGGCUGCAACUGCUGGGGAGGAGAAAAGAGAGAGCAGGUGAGGUGGACGCUCCCAAUGUGGAAGUGAACGAGGAAGAAGAAGAGGAAGAAGAUGAGGAAGAGGAGGAGGAGGUCAGGGACCUGGGCUCUUCAGAUGAUGAGAAAGGGUCAGACUUGUUGGACCAAGAGGUGGAACGAGAUUUGCGAGCCCAAGUGAUGCAGUUGCUGGACGAGGUGGAAGAGGCCCGAGAGGCGGCCCUCAAGCACGAAGGGGACUCCCUCGAGUUGCAAGGUUUGCUGGAGGACGAGCGACUCGCAAGUGCACAGCAGGCGGAGAUCUUCACAAAGCAAAUCCAGAGGCUCCAAGCUCAGAUGCGUUCCCUGAAGGACGAGUUUGACUCUCUGCAAGAAGUGAAAGAUGUUGAGCUCGAACGCCUCGAGAGGGAACUGCGGGAGACCAACGAGGAGAUCCACAGCCUGCGUCUGGAUGCGGAGGAGGCUGCCGCCGUGCAUGAGAAUGAGGUCGCCGGGCUGCAGGAGGAGAUUUGCCGGCUGAAAGCUGAGCUGGACCGGGUGCAGCGUGUCCACAACGAGUAUGACAUGGAGGUCACGGCCUUGCGUGCCGAGAUCAACAUGAAAGGACCAGGCACUGGAGACAGCCAACCUGCUCCGGAGAUGCUUGUUGUCACGCACUUUGACGACCGGCUUUCCAGUGCUUCAGAAGAGGUGGCCAGGCUCCAAGAGGAGCUCAGAACCCUGAGAGCCCGGUACCAGGAGCUGAGCGACGAGUACCACAUCUUGCAGGAAAGCAACAAGAUCAUGGUCAAUCAGCUGGAGAGACUGGAGGCCAUGAAGUACAGAUCCAGAAGCAAGUCAGAUGAUUCACCGUCCCUCGAUUCGGAUUCCGAGGGGAGCGUGGACCACCGCCACUCCACAUCCCGGCAGACGAAGAUCCACACGAGCGGCAGCGUCUCCUUCAAGUCUAUGGAGAUUGUGGGGAUGGCGAGUGACGCCAACGCGGACGAGAAGAUGUCGAAGCCGGAGGAGGAAAGCGAGUGUGAGCUGCGCUACCAGCUGAAGAUGGAGGAGGAGAAAGCGGAACUUGUCCACGCGCAAUGUGACCAAGUCCAACGCCCUCGGCGCGGAACAGAAGACAGGCACCAGCUCGGCCCCAACGAGUGGGAAGUGAGGGCCCCAGAGCUAAAAGCAGGAGAGUCUGCAAGAGGAGGGAGGGAGGAUGGAAAUGAGUGUGACCAAGCCCAGUACAAUCUGCGUGAAAUGGAGGGCAAGUGCCAGCUCAGCCAGCAUGAGCGGGAGCAGCUGCAUGAAGAGCUGCGGCUGUGCAAGGAGGAGAUUGAGAGGCUCAACGGCACCAUCCCCAGUGGCGGACGGGUCCCAGCUGGAGGGAUGAAGCCCUUUGCCGUCUUCGCUGUGUUGGCAGGGGGCUUGCUCCUCUACCCCUGCCUGAAGAGAUACAGCAACAGUUGGAUGCCAACCUGAGGAGCCUUCCUACCCACCCCCGACCUCCCAGAGAGGACCACUCAUGCCACGCGCCCCUCCCCGGUCCAACUCUGUGAGAACUGAGCACCUUCCUCCCCCCACCCACACCACCCCCAUAAAUCCAACCAGCGCAGAGAAGGCUGAUCUCGUUAUCGGUCAUGCCAAGUCAAUAGUCACCCGUCAUCUGUUAUUCUGUGUAGAAAGCCAUUUCCAUCACCAGCACCCCUUCCUGCUUGCACUAGGCGCAGGGGAGGGUGCAGUGAGGUUGCCUUUAAGUCUUGCAGUUGGGCUUCCAGCCUGAACCCCCUGAACAACUGGGUACCGGGAGCUCUACCACCCCUUUAGUGGUCCCAGCAAAACUGCAUCCUUUACAGACUGGGGGAACAGGGUGGUGGAUGGGAUGAGACGUGGGAGGGAUGCUUUUGACCAGCUCCCAAGAGGAUGCAAAGCAGUGCCCCCCAGGAAAGAACGGGACCCAGGACCCCUUGGCCUGUCCCUCUUUAGAGCCAUACCUGUCUCUUUUGGGGCCAGCUGAAGAGGGCGAUGGUGCAUGGCGCUGCCCUUUGGAAUGCCAAUCUUUGCAAUAAUCAAAGGGGUCAAACACAUUUUCCCAGCAGGAUGUUUUGCAGCAAGCUCAGAAGAAGCACAGGAACCAAAGGGGGGGGUCGGGGGGACACAGGGCAAUUUCUUUUUUGGCAAUAUUCAAAGUCAACACUGUGAAUGGGAACAAACCUACAAGCCCUAGAGGGGCCGCAGCAGAACACAUCUACCUGUGACUUAAUUUUAUUUCCUUCCCCCCCCCAAGAUAUCUUCCCAUCUUCUCCAUCCCCAGGAUGGCACCUUUGCCUAUUCUGCACUUCUGUUUGCAUCUAUGCAUCCCCUCUUCCCCCUGCCCCUCCCCCUGUCUCUCCUGUCUCUCUCCUUUGUGGUCUACGCAUCCUGUUCAGCUGCAUACACUUUUGUCCUGGCCCUGCAACACUCACAGGGCUUGUUUGUGUAUGGUCUUUGCACCUUCAACACCAAGAUGGCCGUUUGUGGACUGCCGGAAAGGAGGGGAGGUGGUCUGCAAAGGCGUCACUGUCCUUGCCCAACAUCACUUUCAGCAACCGAGGGCCCACCAAAGUAGCAAAGGGUGGGAAGCCGCUGCGUGUGGUGGCGCAGCCCUCGGGGAUUUGGGGCUCAAGAGCCUUGCCCUGCAUGUUUUGCGUGCGCGUCUGCCUUGAGGAAUGUGCCUGCCUCCAUCAUCUCGCAAUCUGCUGCCCCCACCUCGUCCACAUCUCGUUCAUUGCGCUUUGCUCCCGACUUCCGUCUGAGAAGGGGAUGAUCCCUGAAAAAGCCACUGGAGAGUCUCUGCAGAUCUUUCUGUUUGUU